UCUUGAGCACAGUAUAAGGAGUUGUCUUUAAUCUUAUUGUUAGAAGUAGAUGCCGUGCAAUAAAAAUUCUGCUACCUCGAAUCUUUCUUUUUUCAUUCAGUAAAUGUUAUUCAUCUGUUCAGGGAUCGAAAUACAGAGAAUUUCAGCCCUGAUAAUAUCAAGAAAUGGCUAUCUUACGAUUUUACAAAACACCCGGUGUCAAAUCUGGGCAAUGGAAGAACAAGCUCGAUGUUCUCAGAGCAAUAUCUAACUUGGUAAUCGAUUUGGAGACUGAAAUCUGUUAUAACAUCGAGAUUACUGAAAAAUUAAACGAAGAAGAAAUACGCAAAUUGGAAUGGAUUCUAGGCUCUCCCUUUGAACCAAACAAGCUACAGAAGACCCCUACUCUGGUAGAAGAACCUCAAACCUUGCUGGUAGAAAUUGGACCCAGACUAAAUUUUUCUACGGCUUUUUCGAGUAAUGCUGUGUCAAUCUGCAAGUCUGUUCAACUUGACUGUGUCAAGCGAUUAGAAGUUUCUACAAGAUACCUUAUUAAAUACAAAUCCACGAUUGAUGAUGAAAUUAUUUCUAUGAUGAUCGAUGCACUUCAUGACAAAAUGACGGAAUGUAGAUACUUGAAACCGAUCGAAACAUUUGAUCAUGGAAUUAAACCUAAGAGCUGGUUUGAGGUGGAUAUUGUUAAUCAUGGAAGAAAAGCUCUAGAGAAUGUUAAUUCUGAGCUAGGUCUUGCUUUCGACGAUUGGGAUUUGGAUUUCUACACGGAUUUAUUCGGCAACAAGUUGAAACGCAAUCCGACCAGUGUCGAGUGCUUUGACCUCGCGCAAUCCAACAGCGAACAUAGUCGCCAUUGGUUUUUCAAGGGUCAGAUUUUUGUGGAUGGUGAGAAAAAAGAGAAAUCGUUAAUUGAUAUGAUCAUUGACACGCAGAAUUAUUCGAACUCUAACAAUGUCAUCAAGUUCAGCGAUAACAGCAGUGCGAUUAAGGGAUUUAAUUUCCCUACCCUUCGGCCUGUCAAGACAGACGUGGCUAGUCCUUUUAUAGUUCAAGACGUUGACCAGCACAUAAUUUUUACUGCUGAGACACACAACUUUCCUACUGGUGUUGCUCCUUUCAGCGGAGCUACAACUGGAACUGGUGGACGGUUAAGAGAUGUUCAAGGCGUUGGUAGGGGCGGAUGUUACAUCGCAGGUACUGCGGGAUAUAGUGUUGGAAAUCUUUACAUUCCAGGCUACGACUUACCCUGGGAGGAACAAGGAGUUUUGUACCCAAGUAACUUUGCGCAUCCAUUGGAAAUCAUAAUAGAAGCUAGUAAUGGCGCGUCUGACUAUGGAAAUAAAUUUGGGGAGCCAGUAAUAUCCGGUUUUGCACGUUCUUUUGGAAUGAUAGAGGCUGAUGGCAGUCGGCGUGAAUGGAUCAAGCCCAUUAUGUUUAGCGGUGGCUUAGGGUCCAUGGAAGCAAACAUGACAAAGAAAUUUCCACCUGAAAGAGGAAUGCAAGUUAUUAAAAUUGGUGGGCCAGUCUAUCGAAUCGGCGUUGGUGGUGGAUCGGCGAGUUCCGUAGAGGUCCAAGGAGAUAAUAAGUGUGAGCUAGAUUUCGGCGCUGUGCAAAGAGGGGAUGCGGAGAUGGAACAAAAAUUGAAUCGUCUUGUCCGGGCUUGUGUGGAAAUGGGAGAUGACAAUCCAAUAUUGAGUAUUCAUGAUCAGGGAGCUGGUGGAAAUGGUAAUGUACUGAAAGAAUUGGUUGAACCUGCAGGGGCUGUCAUAUUUGCAAAGAAAUUUGAAUUGGGAGACCCAAGUUUGAGUAGCCUGGAAUUGUGGGGUGCAGAAUACCAAGAAAAUGAUGCAAUAUUGUGCAAACCGGAGAGCACCGUGCUGCUGAACAAAAUAGCGGCACGUGAACGUUGUCCGAUUAAUUUUGUCGGAACUGUAACUGGAACGGGUAGGAUUAUACUGUCGGAAGAGGAUGAUUGCGACGCAUCGAAAUAUCUCGAUGAAAAAAAUGACACGAGCGUCAGGCACCCGGUAGACCUAGAACUUGAACUUGUAUUGGGAAAAAUGCCCGACAAGACAUUCAAUCUGGCGAAACAUCGAUUUACUUCUGUACCGAUUACCUUGCCAGCUGGCUUAUUGGUAGAAGCUGCACUUGAUCGUGUCUUGAGAUUGCCGGCCGUUGCGAGUAAACGUUAUCUCACCAAUAAGGUUGAUCGUUGCGUAACGGGCUUGAUUGCUCAGCAACAAUGCGUCGGUCCGCUACACACACCCUUAGCCGACGUGGCUGUUACGGCGCUCUCACAUUUCUCAACAGUUGGCGCCGCUACAGCCAUAGGUGAACAACCGAUAAAAGGCCUCGUCGACGCGUCUGCCGGUGCAAGAAUGACGGUUGCAGAAUCUCUAACUAAUCUCGUAUUUGCACGCAUAUCGUCAUUAGAGGAUGUCAAAUGUAGCGGCAACUGGAUGUGGGCUGCCAAAUUACCUGGCGAAGGUGCAGCGCUGUACGAAGCCUGUGCUGCGAUGUGUUCCGUCAUGAAAGAAUUGGGUGUAGCUGUCGAUGGUGGGAAAGAUUCUCUCAGUAUGGCUGCACGAAUUGAUACUGAAAUAGUCAAAGCACCAGGUGCGCUAGUCGUCUCGUCUUACGCACCAUGUCCCGAUAUAAGACAGAUCCUCACUCCCGAUUUGAAGGGGCCGACCAUACAACUAGAAGGAAGUCUGGUAUUCGUAGAUUUGUCUGCUGGCAAGAGCCGUAUAGGAGGGACAGCUCUGGCUCAGGUUUACAGACAAAUUGGGAAUCGCUGUCCGGAUUUCGAAGAUGCCCAAGUUUUCAAGAAUGCGUUUAAUGCUAUUCAGAGUUUGAUAAAAGAUAAAAAAUUAUUGGCGGGUCACGACAUAAGCGAUGGUGGCUUGAUAACGUGUUUGCUGGAAAUGAGUUUUGCCGGAUUAUCCGGUAUAGAAGUGAAUAUUUGUCACAAAUCUGGCUCUGCAAUCGAUAUCCUGUUCACGGAGGAACUGGGCUGGAUUUUAGAAGUUGACCCUCUAAACAUUGAUUAUGUGAUGAGAGUUUUCAAACUUGUUCAAGUCCCAGCUUACAUUAUUGGAAAGUCGGAUGGUUUUGGCUUGCAAUCAAAAGUAUCCGUGUCAGUCAAUGAUACUGUUGUAUUAAAUUCACGGGUUCUUUCACUUAUGACCAUCUGGGAAGAAACGAGUUAUCGAUUGGAACUGCGUCAGACUAAUAUAGCUUGUGCCGAAGAAGAGUUUGCGGGACUUUCGAACAGAACAAUGCCAGCUUACAACCUCACGUUCGAUCCAGCUGUAUGCCCGAUUAUUACUCACAAGCAUGUGACGGGCCCGAUCAGAGUUGCAGUAGUGCGUGAAGAAGGUUCUAACGGUGAUCGUGAGAUGUCUGCAUCUCUGAUACAGGCUGGUUUUGAAGUUUGGGAUGUAGCGAUGCAAGAUCUGCUGAGCAAUCAGCUAACGCUCGACAAAUUCAGGGGUGUUAUAUUUCCGGGCGGGUUCAGCUAUGCAGAUGUACUCGGUUCGGCUAAAGGCUGGGCAGCUAGCCUCGUAUUCCAUCCAUCUCUGAAGCUGCAAUUGCAGAAAUUCGUCGAGAGAGAAGACACUUUUAGCCUUGGAGUCUGCAACGGAUGUCAGUUGUUGAGCUUGUUAGGAUGGAUAGGAUGUGAAAACAAUGAGGCUGGCACCCCAGAUAUUAUUCUGGACCACAAUAAGUCUGGAAGGUUCGAGUGCAGGUGGAGUACCGUAAGAAUCGAGAAUUCAUCAUCCAUUAUGUUACAAGGCAUGGGGGGUAGUGUGUUUGGAGUUUGGGUUGCGCAUGGUGAGGGACAAUUCACAUUUCGAAAUGAGAAGAUUUUGAGUAAGUUGAAAGAGCAGAAAUGUGUGGCCAUCAAGUACACGGACGACCAAGGUAUUCCUACCGAACGAUAUCCACAAAAUCCCAAUGGCAGUAUCGAGGGCAUAGCAGGAAUUUGUUCCGCCAAUGGACGGCAUUUAGCUAUGAUGCCUCAUCCGGAGAGGUGUACCCAAAUCUGGCAGUGGCCCUGGGCUCCAAUGAGCUGGACACAAAAGCAAUCUCCUUGGCAGCGCAUAUUCCAAAAUGCUUACAUUUGGUGCCAAUCGCUAUAAUCUUAUCUUUUCGCCCAUCAGAGAUACAAGGAACUUGUAUAUUAUUUAUGAAUAAUAGCCUUCUUUAUAUAAAUAGGAUUAUGUAUGUUCAA